AAUACUAAUUACAGGUUAUCAAUCCGUUUUCUCAAUUAUCCUUCACAACUUUCCUCCAUUUUCACCAUCUUUUCGCACACCUCUACCUAUACUCACUAGUCACCACUCCUUUUUUCCUUUUUCGCGGUUAGUCAAACUUUUAAUCAAAAAUUUAAUAAAAAACUAUUUUUGAAUAAUUGUGUAAAAAUAAAAAUUUAACAUUCCUAGUGUGAGCUUUUCAGUAGACUUAAGUUUUAAAUAUUUUUUUUUUCUAAAAAAAGAAAAUAAACAUGGCUCCCCGUAUGCCAAUACAGUUAACCUCUCUUCCGACUGAAAUCCUUUUCCUUAUAAUCUUUUGUAUUGACAAUGCUAAAGAUCUACGUUCUUUGUCUUCUACCAAUCAUUUAUUUCGUACCUUAACAGGUCCACAUACUGUAACAGCUCAAUUAUGGUUUGCGAAACAAAGUCGAGAUAUUCCACCCGAGAAUCUCUUAAAAUUAGCGAAUGAGUGGCGUUUUCCUUUAGAUACUGACUUUGCCAAAAAGCUAAUCACUAUAAAUGCACCUCCGGAGCCACCAGGAAUUUCUAGUGAACUACCUGGCCCAAAAAGAGCCUUGAGAAGACAAGAGAGAGUAAUGCAUAUAGUGGAAAGAUUUAGUCUAUUUUUGCAUAAUAUGUUGACCGUAAACUAUUAUUAUACGCAUGACUGGGAUUCUCUUCAAAGGGUUGCAGAUUCAGUUGAAUGUUAUUUAGAGGAUUUGGGUUGGGUGCAAUUUUAUCGUGGACAAAUGGAUCGUGGGAUCGAUUCGAUGAUGGUUUCAACGGUCCAAGCUGAUCAAGAAUUUGAAGCUGUAGCUUUUGAUGAUUUUACUAAAAAAUUGAGAGCAGAUAUUGCAGCUGUAUCCACAAUUACAACUUCAAGUUCUAGCAAGGACACUAGUACAAAUAAUAGUAGACAUAAUAGCAAUAUUGAUUCUUCUAAUAAUAAUGAUAAUAUUAGAAGUAAUGAACUCUUUGCAUCACUUUCUCCUGAACCCGUAUAUCUUAAAUGGACUAGCCUUAUUCAAGAUCAGCUUAAUUUCUUUUGUUUACAACAAUACAUUAUGGACAAAUUCAAACCUCCUUCAAAAUGGCAACUCGCGGAAUAUUUGUCUGUGGUCUUGUUUGAGAAUAUCUAAGGACUUGAACAAAUGAUCUUUAAAAGAGACAUUCGGAAAAGAGACAGUUAUUUUAAAUAAAUAUUUUUUUGUCGAGUGAAAAAGAUAAGAUUAACAAGAAAAAAAAAUGAAAAUGAAAAAAUGGAAAGUUAGAUAACCUGUAUUUCAUGAUGAAAUAUUUUUUUUUU